UAUCUGAGUGAACUGUCUGCACUCUUCGCACUCGCGACCGGCAAGAAGUGAGCUCACACGCAAAUUUAUCCUUGUUGGAUAAUAUACAGCAAUCUGUCCAAACCCGUGAAAGGUACCCAGUGAGAGGGAGAGAGAGGAAGCACAGACUACACAGUGGAUCCCAGCUCUGAUUCCAGCGGAUUUUCACUGACGGUGUCUCCUUCAAAGAACCAGUGCAGAAGGAAAAGAAAACUCAGUCAACCAAAGACAAAGAAAACCCCGUGCUCCCAACAUUUCCCCAUUGAAGUGCUGGAAUCACUGGAUUAUCACACAGGCCGGGCAGUGAGAGACAAGAGAUCGGAAAUGGGAGGAGCCAGCUCCAGUGAACAAACGGCUCAGUCUGAGACCCCCACAUUCUUCACACAGGAAGAGCUCAACAAACUGAAGUCCGACUUUGAAAAGGGUGGGGUGGAAAAGCUUAAACCUUAUUUAGAGAGGAAGGUCGUUGAGCUGGACAAAACAGAGCUUAAUAUCGCAGUGACAGGACAAUCAGGUGCAGGAAAAUCCACUUUCAUCAACGCCAUGAGAGGGCUUCAGAGCACCGAUAAGGGAGCGGCUGAAGUUGGGACCACAGAAACUACAAAAGUGCCAAGCCGAUACCCACAUCCCAAUCUUCCCAAUGUUUGCUACUGGGACCUGCCAGGGAUCGGAACUACACGAUUUUCAGUGGCUAACUACCUGAAGGAAAUGAAAUUUAAAAGAUUCGAUUUCUUCAUCAUAAUCGCAGCUUGUCGAUUCAUGGAAAAUGAUGCAAAUCUUGCGAAAGAGAUUAAAAAGCUGGGGAAGAAUUUCUAUUUUGUCCGCUCUAAGAUUGACUGUGAUCUUUAUGCCAUGAGGAAUGAAAGGAAGGAAAUUAAUGAAAAAGAAGAACUGGACAAAAUCCGGACUGACUGCAUCAAGCGGUUGAGAGAGGCGGGGAUUCGUCAUCCCACAGUGUUCCUGAUAUCCAGUUUCCAGCCGAAGCAGUAUGAUUUCAGUCGGUUAAAUGAAGCACUUAAAGGUGGUCUAUCGAAUGUCAAGAAAAGGAUCUUUGUCCUGUCCCUUCCCAACCUAAGUGUGGAAUUUGUUCGGAAGAAAAGCGAGAUGCUGAAGAAAAGUAUCUGGAUGUCAGCGACGCUCUCAGGAGGACUGGGAGCGGUCCCUGUUCCAGGUCUCUCCUUCGCUUGUGACAUUGGUAUAGUGAUCGGACAAAUAAUCUUUUUCCGUAAAUGCCUGGGUCUGGAUGAUGAUUCUCUUCUAAAACUGGCCAACAGGGCAGAUAAACCUGUGGAAGAGCUGAAGGCGGAAAUAAAAUCUCCUCUGCGUGGGGAAAUAACCAGAGAUACAAUUGUGAAGUUUGGGAUGCGUGCUAGUGUUGUUGCCCUUUCAGCUGUAGAAUUCGCUUUUGACUUCGUCCCAGUCCUUGGUUCCAUUUUUGGAGCAGGAUCAUCAUUUCUCCUGACCUACACAAUACUGAAUGAUGUACUGAAGGAUCUUACGGAGAGCGCAGAGAGGGUGGUGAAUGUAGCGUUUGGAACGAAUUAACUGAUCUGCGCAAACAUUGAUCAGUAAGUUCAUGUCAUGCUAUGGUGAAUAUUUUGAGGAAGUCUAACGAGAAAUCAUGCUGUAAUUCUUCUCAGCAAUAUUCCCUUUUGCUAUAUUUAUCUUUGGAAAUAUUUCUCAUCCAUUUCCCAGCAGGGUUUUGAAACUUUUGACACACUAGUGCAUUACUGAAGAAGUGCCGCUCAGUUGAAUGUGAGAUUAAGCAAGGGAUAUGACGUAUCUGAGACGCUAUUUUGAAUAAGUUAAUUGAAGUUAUCACCAGAUGCCUGAUCAAUGUUCAUCUAUCAAUCAAUCAACAGCAGCAUUGCAGAUCGUCUGGUUAUUACCUGGUUGCUGUGUAUGAGACCUUGCUGUGUGCAAACCAGCGGCUGUGUUUCCCACCUCACAUCUGUGAACACCUCAAAAGCCCUUCAACAGCUGUAAAGCCCUGAUCCUGUGGUCACAAAAGGGCAAUAGAAAGGCAAAUUACUUUUUGGUGCCACAGAAAGAGGAACAUUUAGGCCUGUUGGUUUGAACAGAACCAGCUCCACUGGAACAGUACAACUCCAGUGUUGUUCAUACCAGCUGUAUUCCCAACAGGUGAUCGAGUUAACACAUUGUCAGUGCCCAGUAAAUCCAAUCCCCACACCCAUCAACAGUUGGGUCCAUUGUCCAAUGCUAUGUAGCCUGUCAAUAAUCCUAAAGAAAUACACAUAGUGUGAGUUCAUCCAAGAAAAGUCAUGUCUUUCUGACCAUUGCUGCACCCAGCAUUGUCUGUCCAGAUGUGGAUACAUUCUCUGCAUUUCCAUUCAGUCUUCAUUUGCUUGUCAAGCAGGAACAUCAGAUAAUGAGAUAAUGGAGAAGCCAAGACAGUGACAGACUCUAGGUUAGCAAUGGUCAUGGAAUUUACCCAUGGUUUGAGUUCUCUCUACAAAAGACCACCCUGACCUGGCAGUCACACUUGAUACAGAAAUAACAUCUCGAUAGACCAGCAAUUAUAUGGACGAUUCAGACUAUCCAUUGACUGCCACUCCUAAAUAGAUGCCCUGAUACAGAUUAACUCAAAGUCCGUCCAGCUGUCUCAGAAAUAAUCUCUGAAGUAGAGCACCCACCAUCAAACAAACUAUUGUACAGACCUAUCCUCUCUCUCUGUUGCUUUAGUCCCUCAUAAAUUUGCCACCAAAUGGAAAGGAAAAUAUAAGUUCCAUGUUUCUUCAUUCGUUGUGAAACAUCCUAAGCAAUUCAUUCAGCAUCAAUGCAUCUGAAUCUCAGCUCCUUCAUUUGAGUGUGCCUGACAGAGAGCACCCAGUAAGAACAUUUCACUCUGGAUGUGAAACCAUUCCAAUAUCGUUGAAGAGGAAAGGUGCCUGAAAAUCUGUUCCUUUCGUUAUUCCCUGUAAUUCUCAGAUAAGUGAAGAACAAGUCAUCUACAGGAAACGCAUCUCUCUGAGUGGGAAUCGGAAGCAAGUCUAUCAACUACUGCUCCAGAUAAAAGAUACAGUAUGGCGAAUCUUAGCUACUGAUAAGAAUGACAUGUUUCAAAUGUAUUCUGUUGUUACUGAGGUUGUUCUUGUAUUAUUUUGCUUAAUGUUAAUAUACGCGAGCAUUGUUAUGAAUGUAAUUAAAAGGUAUUAUUGAAGCUUUGAUCAAAUAGCUUGCAUAUUGAGUUGCAGGUGCUGAUGGGAAAAGAAGCUAAGUUGAAGUGUUUAAAGUGGACUUAGUAAGGGGGCGAUGUGCCCAUCGAAUGAUACAUUGAUGUGGAAUGUGCGUAAGUGGAUUAAUGGAGUACAAACACAGAUAAGAAAUAAUUAGAAGUAUGUGUGUAAUAAGGAAAGCUAGUUGAGGGCAGAGGAUCAGGCGGUGACCUUGGAGAGAGGCUAGAUGAAAAGAUCCGAAUGUGGGACAUAGCUGGAAUUAAACUGCUAUCACUCCAAGAGAGAUCCCAUGAUAAAAGAAAAAGAGCUGUGAGAAUGGGAAAUAAAAAGACUCUGGACAUCACUGGCAGACCUGCAAGAAGUCAAAAGAAGACAGCAGAAAACAGGAAGAGGGAAGAGGAGCAGAUCCCUGUCGCAACUCAGAAGCAUAAAUCCUGGCGCCAAGUGCCAUUGGAUACCUGUUUGUAUUUAUUAUGUUGUCCUUGGUUGGAUUAUUACCUAAUAAAUUGCAAUCAAAGUUAAAUUAUUGCAUGCCUCAGUCAACAGGAACCCAUCCAGAGUCACGGAGAUAUCCAGCUUGGAAAUAAACCCUUUGGUCCACUGAGUCUGUGCGGACGAUCAAACACCUAUCAGAUUACUUGCAGUCUAGAUAUUAUAUUGCUCUUUUUUUUUGCUUUUAAUCACUAUUGGUUCUGGAUUGUUAGUGGUUGACUCUGGAGAAGGUGUGUUUGGAGGUGAAAGUAUGUAAAGGAAGGGGUGUAUUACCGAUAUGACAAUGAAUAAUCUGCUAGAUAUGACGGACCCUGAUGCAUAUUGACCUUAACGACGCUGAUGAGUGUUCUCCAAUGAGAAUAUGAGUGUUGUAAAGCAGUGUGACCAAGGUCUGUAUCUUUUGGAAUAUCAAAAAGAAAACUGGCAUUGCAAAUGCUUCAGAUGUAGAAAGCAGAGUAAUGAACACAGCUGAUACCUUUCAGACUCAUCAAUCACCAACACCUUCCAUUUCAUAACCAAAUGGUUGAUUGGGAAAUUAACUGAACAGCCACAGCAAAGGUAGGUAUAGUAUGGAAGAAGUACCCUCUUCUCUGAGAAAAAGGUAAUCCGCAGUCACAUAAAUUGAAUAAAGAAAGGGACCAAUCCAUAAUCCAGUGAAAAGUAACUACUGAGUUUUACAAUGGGCUGAAGUUGUACCAGCAACAGUCACUGACCAAUGUUUAUCUUAUGCAUGUUCUCCAAUGAAAAACAGCCUCAUAGAAAUUGCUGCCAAUUGGUGAUGCCCAGAGUAGAGGCAAGUCUUCUACAUAUACUGUAUAAUCCUUUCACACAGCACGGUAUAUAUUGAAAGCAACUGGCAGAUGGGUCAGUCACAUCUCUUAGCUGACUGUCACAGGUUUAAGGUAUAUUAAAUGGUAUUACCAUCUAUUAAAAGGCAUCGUAGAAGUGUAAAAAUGCAGCAAACUAUUGAAAACAAAUUUAUAAAGCACAAAAGCAAAAACAACAAGUAAGUAUCGAAGAAAAGAAUUUAAGUAAAUUCAAUUAAUUAAAUGGAAAUACUUUGGCCUCUCACAGCUAUUUCCUUAGUGAAAGUGAAUAGAGUCAAUGCUCCCAGACCAGGUCUAACCUAGGGCAGAUGCACUGCAUAGAUUCACCAGUGUAGUUGUUGGGGAACUGCCAGAAUUCACAGCUGCUGACCUACAUGUAGAGAUUCUUCAUCUCCAUGCUUGUGUAGAAUUUCUGAAAUUCCUGACAUUUACAAGGGGAAAUGACAUGUUCCUUGUGGAACUUGGUGUAUUCCUUCCAAAUGUGCAGAUCCAUAGUUCAUAAUUAUCUACACAGACAACAACGUCUGUCUGAAAUUUCUACAAGAAAAUGAAUGUUUUGCUGCCAAACCCAAAAUUCUUGGAUUUACUCAAAGUGAAAGUGGUUUGAUAUAAUUGAAUGCAACUGGAAGUUUUCAUUGAAGCUUCAGCUGUUCCUUGCAGUGUCCAGACAUAAGUUAGAGUGCAUCGUGCUGACAACCAUCAGUCACCAAGCAUAUAUGUCAUGUUUCUAAUGGAGUCAAUAUUGUUGCCAACCUAACAAGAAGUUGUGACCAGAAACAGCAGGAAUGGCUCAACCACUGUCCCAUGGAAUUACCAGCACCCCCAAGUAAGUCAUCAAAUGCAUACACAACACACUCUAUGGACUGAAAAACCCGUGAUCCUGGAGGAACUCAGCAAACCAGGCAGCAUGCAUGGAGAAAAGCAGGUGGUCAAUGUUUUGGGUCAGGACCCUUCUUCAGGACCGAAGAUAGGAAAAGUGGAAGCCCAA